CUCAGCGGCCGCUGCUACCCGGCCCCAAACCCGCUUUGGCCGCCUUGUUCUGAAUUCGGGUCAAGCCCCGGGGGAACGGGGACAGACGACGCCGUGCUCCGGAACGCACUCCUCCUGUCCCGCCUGGCAGGCUAGGGCACAGCAGGGACGGACUCGGUGGCCCCCCACACGGGCUAAGCCCAGCCGUCCCCUCACGGCUCGCAGCUGCAAGAAGCAGCCGUGGCACCCCGCGCUGGCCGGGCAGCCCUCAGGCUCCGUGUCCCGGCACCGCGUCCCCGGCCGGUCACAGCCGCUUGGCAGCGCCUGAGGGCCGGCCUCCUCCACAGCUCAGCCCUCGCAACUGCCUCGCCCCGGCUGCUGCAGGUCCAAAGAGGGUACGGGAGUACGGGUUAUAAUUAACAGAAUUAAAAAUAGGCUUUGAAUAAACUGAACACCCGGAGAGGUUAGAAAUUUGUCGUGCAGCUGGCACGUCAGGAGGAAAGUGAGUGGUAUUAUUCAAACAAAGGUAAUCCAAGACACGGCAGCGCGGGAGCUUCGACCACCAGGAUGGCCUGGGACUCCUUGUGCAGCCAGGACUUACGGCGGCCUAGGAUAAGAAGUGCCUCCAGCUGGACGUCUGGCAGUGGGAGCAGCACUGGGACACCAUCCCUGGAGGAGCUGCGGCGCCUGCUCUGCACACGCACACACCCCACAGGGCAUGUGGAUGAAGUCUGGCCAAACCUUUAUGUGGGAGACCUGUAUGUUGCUCGUGAUAAGGCACAGCUGAGCCGCAUGGGCAUCUCCCACGUUGUGAAUGCCGCUGCCGGGAGAUUUCGCAUCAACACUGGGCCCAAGUUCUACAGUGACUUGCCUGUGGAUUACUACGGAGUAGAAGCAGAGGACAACCCAAACUUUGAUCUCAGCAUUCACUUCUAUCCAGUUGCUCAGUACAUCAGAGCAGCACUGAAUUCCCCAAGAGGCAAAGUACUGGUUCACUGUGCAAUGGGAAUCAGUCGAUCUGCAACUCUUGUCCUCGCUUUCUUAAUGAUCUGUGAAGGUAUGUCCCUCACCGCUGCCAUUCAGACUGUGCGCUCCCACAGAGGGAUCUGCCCCAACUCCGGCUUCCUCCAGCAGCUUCGGGAGUUGGACCUCAAGUUAGGAAGGAGCACAGGCAGAGGAGCAGAGGCCUGCUAGUGCCAAGAAGCUUUGUCUCCUGGUGCCAGCCCAAGAGAUGCUGCCCUCACUGAAGAGUGCAAGGAUGCUGUCAGGACUGCUCUGUAGGUGUAUGGUGAAACUGGGGAAAGGCUGAGCAUGACCAAACUGUUAGGAACUGUUAGGCAUGUAUUUUUUGCAUAAGCCCACUAGCUGGAAAGAAAAUGAAAUAAAGAAGGAUUCAAACUGGCA